GCCCAGCUUCACAGCCACUCAGGAAAGCUACCCACUGUGCCUGUCUUCUCACAGUCUAAUCAGCCUCUAGCAAGAAAACAUGGGCAGACAUAAGGUGUAUCUGGACAAACUGUCCCGGUUCUUCCAGAUCCGUCACCUGCUGCUUCGUCAGGCCCUGGCAGAGUGUCUUGGCACCCUCAUCCUUGUGAUGUUUGGCUGUGGUGCUGUGGCCCAGCUAGUGUUGAGCGGUGGUUCCCAUGGCAUGUUCCUAACUGUCAACUUUGCCUUCGGCUUCGCUGCCACCUUAGGCAUCCUGGUCUGUGGCCAAGUAUCAGGUGGCCAUCUGAACCCUGCAGUGACCUUUGCCCUGUGCCUGCUUGGAAGAGAGCGCUGGAGAAAGUUCCCCACGUACUUCCUCUUUCAGACAAUCGGUGCUUUUUUUGGUGCUGCAAUCAUUUUUGGCAUGUACUAUGAUGCCCUGUGGGACUUCCCUGGAAGUUUCAAUGUGACUGGACCUGGUGCCACAGCUGGCAUCUUUGCUACCUACCCUGGAAACCAUCUCACCAUUGUCAAUGGCUUCUUUGAUCAGAUAAUUGGCACAGCAGCACUGAUAGUUUGUAUUCUGGCUAUUGUGGAUCCAUACAACAACCCCAUCCCCCAAGGGCUGGAGGCCUUUACUGUGGGAUUUGUGGUUCUGGUCAUUGGAUUGUCUAUGGGCUUUAACUCUGGUUAUGCUGUGAAUCCUGCCAGAGACCUUGGACCACGUAUUUUCACAGCUAUGGCUGGGUGGGGUAGUGAGGUUUUCACGGUCAGAAAUGGCUGGUUCCUGGUGCCAGUUUUAGCCCCAUUCCUUGGCACCAUCAUCGGUGUGAUGAUCUACCAGUUAAUGGUUGGCUUCCAUGUGGAGGGAGAAGUACGCGACCGUAAGAGCACAGAGGAGGAGAAUGUCCGACUCAGAAAUGUCACCAGCAACGACAACUCCAAAGAACUUACCAAAGAAAUGCACUGAGUGUGUUACAGACAUUCAGCUGCACACUUGAACACAUGCACAUUCUGUAAAUACUGACAUACACCAGCAUUUUUUCUUCCAGCCACAACUGGUUUUUCCAAACCAUCCUUACAGCUGUUGUGAUAUCUCCCAAGAUAGCUGCAUGUUUGUGAAAACUCUCUUUCCAUUAUUAUGUGAUUGUAUUAUAUUGUAGAGGAAUGAUUGUGUAGAGGGGAGAAACACAACUUCAAAACACAGAAUUACAUUAAUUCUUUUAAUGAAAAUAAUAAACAUUUGGAUCUUAUUGUCUGUAACACUCACAGUUUAAACAGUAUUGUAUCCUUUAUACUAAUGUAGUUUUAUAUAUAGUUUUACAAAAUUAUAUACAGUAGAUAAAUUGAGACGAAUGUAUGUCUUUCCUAACUAUUUCCUGUGCAUUUUGUCCAGAACCUUUCACUGUAAAUAUUUGAAUUCAGGGAGAUUGUCAGGAAAUUGAGAAAUAAAAAUGUAAAACUUCAAACCUAAAAGACCAGAAAAUAUCUGUCAGGGAGCAUCUUGGGAAGAAUGUUGCAUUUUAAGUACAGUAUGUGAAUGAUGCUAUCUGUGUAGACUAGAUCAAAAUCAGCUCUGUUGUUUGGAGCUGACAAGUGGUGGUGAAGCUAAAUCCUUCCCACAACAUUCUUCACUUUACCACUGCCAUCUAAAGCAGCUAUAUUAAAGCGGCUGUCUUUUUAUAUACACUCUUUGCCCUUUAAAAGUCCUAACCAGAUAUUCUUAAACAAGCAGACAAUUGUUGUGAUACCAGCUAGCAAACUAGAUCAUUUACCCUUUGUAUGAACUAAAUCUUAUCCCGCUCUAAAAUAUUAAAUGUGUGUUAACGAAUGACAAUUAUCUCCUUCUAUGUACAGCACCACAUUAAACUGUUAAUCUGUCUUAAAAUUGUUCAUGUAUGCUUGUUGAUGUGUUUGUAUGUAGGUUGAGGGGAAACGCUUUUGUACUGAGACCAUAAAGUUCUGUUUUUUAUCA